UCCCAAGUUGUGAGAAUCAAAUGAGAUCGUAUUUGCAAAGGGUCUGGCUCACAUUAAUGUUGUAUGUUAUAUCAUUAUUACACGAUAUAUAACAUGUUAGGAAAUGUAGUUUGCAUUAGCUACGCAGUGAAAUGUGCCCCUUUGUUCCCCCUACAGUCACCAGGCUGGUGCGGACCCUCAUCGCCUCCCACCUGGACUAUUGCCACAGCUGCUGGGGGGAGGGGGGUCUCCUGCCUGUGAGACUCCAGAUCUCAUUACUUCCCUCCCCCCCUCUAUAAACUCCAGUGGCUCCCUCUUGUCCGCCUUUGGGUGCCCAAUGCUCCCGCGGCCUUCCCUCCUCACCCGGCCCUUCUUGUCCAGCCCCCUCAGACCUCGCUCCGGACUCUGCAGUCCCGAGACACUGGCUUCCCGUCCCCUCCUCGUGCUUCCUUUAAGCCCCCUCCCCCGAGAACCCUCAAUCUCAGGCCCUCCUGCGGGUGAUUGCCUCCUUAUGAUGUCACUUGCUUUGCAGAUUUUCCCAUCAGCUUUCGAACUUCUUUAGGGCGGGGCGUUCUUUUACCUCUUUUUGCGUCCCCAGAACUUAGUACAAUGGCUGCCAUAUAGUAGGCCGAUUGACAGAUUGAAUGAAAUAAAGGCUGCUUUGUGUCCCCUAUAAAUCUACUGUUAACCUUGAGUCCUCGUAAAGGAUCUGAGGGAAGUUUUUUUUUUUUUUUUUUUUUUUAACAACCAACCAGGAACCAUAUUCAGAGAUUUCCCGGAAUGAAUCCUGGGUGUGAGCAGGAGGUUAAGCCAACUCUCCCCUCCUCCAGCCCCCCUCCCUGCCUCCACCCUCAAACCCAGACCCAGUUUUGGUCCCUUCUUACAAGGACCUGACUUCCGAUUUCUGCCACUUUCUCAAGAGCAAGGAACAACACUUGAGCCCCCAGAAGUCAUGCCCCUGUUUCCUUUUUUUAUAUAUAUAUAUAAUAACCUAAAGUUUUUUAUUAUUAUUAUAGCUUUUUAUUUACAAGAUAUAUGCAUGGAUAAUUUUACAGCAUUGACAAUUUCCAAACCUUUUGUUCCAAUUUUCCCCCUCCUUCCCCCCACUUCCUCCCCCCACCAUGGCAGGUUGACCGAUACAUGUUAAAUAUGUUAAAGUAUAAAUUAAAUACAAAAUAAGUAUACAUGUCCAAACUGUUAUUUUGCUGUAUCAAAAGAGUCGGACUCUGAAAUAGUGUACAAUUAGCCUGUGGAGGAAAUCAAAAAUGCAGGCGGACAAAAAUAGAAGGACUGGGAAUUCAAUGUAAUGGUUCUCAGUCAUCUCCCAGAGUUCUUUCCCUGGGUGUAGUUGGUUCAGUUCAUUAAUGCUCCAUUGGAACUGAUUUGGUUCAUCUCAUUGCCGGAGAGGGCCACGUCCAUCAAAAUUGAUCAUCAUAUAGUAUCAUCGUUGAGGUAUAUAAUGAUCUCCUGGUUCUGCUCAUUUCACUCAGCAUCAGUUCAUGUAAGUCUCUCCAGGUCUCUGUAUUCAUCCUGCUGGUCAUUCCUUACAGAACAAUAAUAUUCCAUAACGUUCAUAUACCACAAUUUAUUCAGCCAUUCUCCAAUGAUGGGCAUCCCCUCAGUUUCCAGUUUCUGGCCACUACAAACAGGCUGCCACAAGCAUGUUUGCACAUCUGGGUCCCUUUCCCUCCUUUAAGAUCUCUUUGGGGUAUAAGCCCAGUAGUAGCACUGCUGGGUCAGAGAGUAUGCAGUUUGCUAACUUUUUGAGCACAGUUCCCAAUCGCUCUCCAGAAGUCACACCCCUGUUUCUUGCCGGAUGGUUCACUUGAAAAUCUGCCACUGCCCCCGGUUCUGGCCAACAUGGAAACUGAGGCAGGGAUAAUUGGUCCAGGUAGAAAAUUCAGGUCCAUUGACAGCAAAUUGCCCGGUGAAGACCUUCAGGUGCUCUUCCAUGAGUGAGUGGGCCCUUUCUCCAGUGGGUUACAGACCUCCUUUUCCCCUCCUAAGUGUUUUUCAGGCACUUGGGGGGGUGUACUACGGGAAGCCCCCAGUCCCUUCAGUCUCUCUAAGGUUACAAGCUCCUUUUCUGAGACAGCUCUGUGAGGUAAGCAUCAAUGAUCCCAUUGUACAGGUACAGAAACUGAGGAGAGAGAAUGUGAUUUGCUCAGGGCAAUGAUAGUAGGUGCGUGGGAAAGUCAUCAGAAGGACCAAUUCUCCAGCCCGAGUUAUCCUCUUGAUUACGAGAUCGUGGGUGUUGAUCUGGUAGGAACUCUAGAAUGGGAAAACAGGCCUGGAGACAUGAAGGAAUCCACCGAGAGUGAGCUCCAUUUUCCCUCUGGAAAAUGAGGCGGUUAAAGCUCUGGGCGUCCCCCCCGCUCGGACGUGACGGGUUUUAGGGUGCUCGGAUGGUCUGUUUUCCAGGGAACCGUCCGGCUCUGACCCCGGAGAAUCUUCCGGAGAGACUGGGGGACUCCCUCGUCCCUCCCCCCCUCAGGGACCAGGGUUCUGCCCCCUCCCUGGGAGGGUCAGGUCUGGGGGUGGCAGGGGAAGGAGCCUUCAUACAAAGGCAGGAGUGUGAGCAGGCCUUGGGGGAGGAGGCCCCAGACAUGCUGUCCCCCUCAGCAACGUGUAGGAACAAGCUGGGCAAAGGCAAGCUGGGUGGGGAAGCUGGGCAGGCAGGGUGACUCAUGGGAGGCAGCUGUCUUAAGAAAACUGGGCAGAAGAGGAGGGACUCGGGGGCCUUGACCCCUCCCAACACCUGUCUCUUCUCCCCAAGCUUUGCCAUCCUUCCCGGCCGAGAUGGAGGAAGGAAGGGGAGGAGAGAGGGAGCCCGAGCCCCAGGCUCAGAGAUUAUCCCCGUAACUGGAAUGGGGCUGGGGGGAGGCGGGGAUUAGCCUGGCCCUGCCCCCCCCACCCCGUCCCUGCCCUUCUAUAAGGCCCGUGGGCCCUGACCUGGGAGCAGACAUCAUGAUGAUCACCAGGAGACCCCAGCUGGGCCUGCUGACCCUCACCCUGCUCUGUACCCUCUUCUCCCUUGCUCAGUCUCUAUCCUGUGAGGUGUGCAAGGACUCGGGACCCUCCUGCACCGGCAAGUUGAAGCUCUGCGAGCCGGAGAAGGACGCCUGCGUGACUGUCGUGGGAUUGUCCACCACAGGGAACAAAGAGUCGGUGGACACCUCCAAAAGCUGCAUGAAGUCCAAGGACUGUUACUCGGGCUUCAUCUCCACCACCCUGGGCCACGAGGAUCACAUGGUGACCAACUCGUUUUGCUGCCAGGAGGACGGCUGCAACAAGGGCCGAAUCCCGACCCCGAAGAACAACAGCACGCUGAACGGACUCCGCUGCCCAUCCUGCAAGGCCGCCUUCCAGGAAACCUGCUCUGGGGAGCAGGUGGUGCAGUGCGUGGGCCACGAGACCCAGUGCAUCUACUUCUCGGGGAUCGUGCAGACAGGCAUCAUCAACACCAGAUUUGCCACCCGCGGAUGCGCCACCAGCAGCGCCUGCCACGCCCAGGUUGGCGCCCGGGUGCCCUCGGUGACUUACACCUACGAGCUUCGGAGGGCCGACUGCGUCCCUGCCCCCAGACCCCCUGGCAGGGCGGAGAGAAGGUCCGCUGGCUCGGUCCCCUGAGGAUCCCCGCGGAGCCCGUCGCAAACCCGGGCGUCCCCCGGGCACUGGAAUCCCCCGGAGGCCAGCUCUGUGGGCGGCUUUCGGGAGUCCCGGUGGGCGGCAGGGAGGGGAGCUCGGGGCGGCCCCCAGCCUGAGCGCGGAUGGUCUGCGUCUGGGACCCUGAGGAGGCAGGAAGCCCAAGAAUAAAUCCCACUUCCCCCUGGGAGGGGAGCCUGCUG